GUGACUAUAUAUGGAGACCACCGGUAUAGCAUGAGUGAAGAAGAAAACAUCUCCGGGGAAAAUGAGAGCGUUUGUCUGUGAUCAAAUAAAAAAUUAAUCGUUUAUUGCGACCGAUGACUAUCUCCUAUCUUAAAGAGACAAACACGUAUUUUCCGUCUAUUUUGUUGUGCUAAAACAGGAACUCAGAGACGCGAGCAAAAACAUACGCACAUCGCAACUGUGAAUGAGAAAGCUACAGACAUCCAAAGAGCAACUUGUGAAAAGGUUGAGUGAGACGAGACCCCUCCAUCCCCUAACAGCAAGGAUCCUUUCGCUGCCGGGGCUCGCUGGCUUCUCACAGUAGAAAUACACUGGUAGUGAAUGAGCAUGACGGCGUUGCUGGACCUGAAGAGCAGUGUGCUGAGGCAGGUGCAGAGGAGCCAGUCUCUGAGGGGGAGGAAGGAGCCAGCAGCCUCAGCAGCCAGCUGCAUCCCCGUCACACACUGCCCUGACCAGCUACCUCACGGGCUGUCUGAGGGGAAUGGAGAGUUCUUUGAGCGUAUGAAUGGCAUCCUCCAGAAACAAGAGAAUCUGCUGCGGGCUGCCCAGGCUGAGUGCGAAGGGGAAGGUAACACGGCCGCACCACCAGCAGAGCACGUAGACCAGGCCUUCGUUCCAGAGAGGUCCAACAGGAGAGAGCUGGACCUCCUGUAUGAAGAGACGGUUUACACGGUAGUCAACAGGGUGGGAGUGCCCUCGCCAGAGUACGUCACCAAUGAAGGAGACAUCUUCAGCUAUCUGCUGAAGGUAUUUGAUAUGGGUCAGGAGGAACAUGACAUCAUUCUGCAGAGAGUCCAAGAAUCCAAGAGAGCAAGUUUCACCCUGAGAGUGUCUGUCAUGAAAGGGAAAAAUCUAAUGGCAAAGGAUGCAAAUGGGUACAGCGACCCCUAUUGCAUGCUGGGAAUCCUCCUGGGCCAGAGCCCCCGGGAAACAGAUGAGAAGAAGGAGAGGAAGUUCAGCUUCAGGAAGAGGAAGGAGAAGCUGGAGAAGAGGUCCAGUAUCAAGGAUGUUCUAGCAGCCACGUGCAUCCAGGUGACUGAGGUCAAGCCAGAGACUCUCAACCCAGUCUGGAACGAGCACUUUGUUUUUGACAUUGAUGAUGUCCACAGUGAUCUACUGCAUAUGGACAUAUGGGACCAUGACGAUGAUGUCUCUGUUGCAGAGGCUUGCAAAAAACUGAAUGAAGUCAGUGGACUUAGAGGAAUGGGCAGGUAUUUUAAGCAGAUUGCCAAAUCGGUGCGGUCCAAUGGGACGUCGUCAUCAGGAUCAUCUGAGGACAAUGCUGAUGACUUCCUGGGCUGCAUCAACAUUCCACUGAAUGAGAUUCCUGUGAUGGGAUAUGACAAGUGGUUUAAGCUGGAGCCCCGGUCCAGUGCCUCCAAGGUCCAGGGAGAAUGUCACCUGAUUCUGAGGCUCUUCACAACCCAGAGAGACACAACCCUGAGUAAGAGGGAAUCAAAAGAAGUCAUUCACAAGAAGAUGCUGAGUCAGAUUCUGGAGUAUGAGCAUGCUCAUAUUCAGAAAGAGCCUUAUAACUGGAAUGGGCAGGUGACUCCUCCAGCAUGGACUGUGCUGUCCCAUCAUGCUGUGCAAACUGACCUCUCACCCCUGCAACAGGCUAUCAUUCGCUGGCAGUGCUACAGCAGCCACCACCGGUCCCAGAGGAUGUGCUAUACCCUGCUGCUGCAGCUCCUGAGGACCAUCGAUGCAGAAUGGGAUCCCCAAGCUGUGCAGGGAGACCUGGAGCGGCAGCUGUCGGACAGCUUCAGGCUGUACACGGACCACUGUCUGUGUCUGAUGAAGAACAUGCGCCAGGUGUUCCCCUGCGCCAGUCCAGCCGCCGUCACACGCUGCGAGCUCAUGCUGAGGGGUGUAGGACACAUGCAGACCAUGCCGGCCUUCAAGACUGCGUGUCCCCUUCGAAAUGAACUGCAUUUGGAAAUUGCCACUAUUGUCAAGAAAGGUACAGCGGAGUGGUACGAGAGCACAAUUUCACAAUUCAAACCAGAGGAGGGGGCUCUGGAGGAGCAGCUGAGGAGACUGGUCCAGGUGGUGGAUGCAGUGUGUGCAGAUGUACAGAGGGGACAGAACGUCUACAACAAGCUCUUCUACAGUGCGGUGAAAGUGGAUUUCUUUAGCAUCACGUAUAGACAGUUGGAGAAACUGGUCGCGGACGACGUGAGCGUUGCCAUGGAGAGGGUGUGUGGCACUCUAGAGCAGGAGAGCUCCAGGCUAACUCAGACCAUGGGGGAGGCUCUGUUAGAGCUCUACAUGUCUCUGAAAAUACUCAAACGCUUCAGAGAGUUUCUCCCUCUUAAGGACGCUAAGAUGCUGGCCUUGACUGGCUAUCACAACUUGUUCAAGACGUCUAUCCACAAGUGGCUGCAGAUAGUCCAUGACAAGUCUUGUGACAGGAUCCGCAGAGCAGUAGACAUGGACCAGCUGGAGCCAGUACAGCAGGCCAAACACAGCUCCUCGGCGGUGGAUGUGACAGCAUGUUUCAGCCAGGUGCGGGUGUUCUGGAACCAGCUGGCCUGGCCAGACUCUGCAGGGGCCUUCAUCUUUGUCACCCGCCUGACAGACAAUUUCUGCAGUGAGGCUGUGUGUUACUCAGAGAUGAUAAAGCGCAAGAUUGAGAGGAGCCAGCCGGGUCGAGACAUCAAGAGCCUUACAGUGCAGCUGUGCAUCGCCCUGAACAACACAGAGCAUGUGCGUGUGUUCCUGGGCCACCUGCCUCGGGACCUUGACUGGCAGGGCGUGGAGCAGGCCAUGGAGGAGUCUUGCGGGGCGGAGGGAAAGGAGCAGGUCAACAAGGCCCUGAAUGGACAGCUCUACAACGUGGAUGUGGACCUACAGAGGGAGGCCAAGCGCCUCAUCACCCACCUCACAGACAAGAUGCUUUCAGAGCUGAAGAGGUACCUUCAGCACAUCAGCCUGUCCCCUGACUCCAUCAACAACGAUGAUGCCGUGUCCCCCCUCAUGAAGUACUUACACGACACUUUAGUCAUCCUCAGCGAGUCUCUGGUGAAAGAGAAUCUGGCUAGAGUUCUCCUCGGCAUGUGGGAGCUGCUCCUCAGAAUGAUCCUAGACACGGUGGCGGAAAACAUGGGAGUCCAGGUGGAGUUCUACAACCGCUUCCAGUACACCGUGGAGGCCCUGGUGCAGUUCUUCUAUGCUGAGGGAGAGGGACUUGCCAUAGAAGAUCUGAAGAACCAUGCAGACUACAAGGCUCUUGACGAGGAGCUGAGGCUGAACAAGUGUUCGUCCUUUGAGCUGAUCGAGCAGUACUUCCUGGAGAAGAUCUCUCAGCAGAGAACACUGAAGCACACAAGCUUUGGCCGCAUCAGUGUGAAGUGUUACUAUGAUGCUUCUGAGCAGAGGCUCACUGUGGAGAUCCUGCAUGCUGCUGAUCUCAUUGCCCUGGACGCCAAUGGCCUGAGUGACCCCUUUGUCAUCGUGGAGCUCUGUCCCCACCACCUCUUCCCCAUGGCCAAGAGCCAGCGCACCCAAGUGAAGCUCAAGACCCUGCACCCAGUAUUUGAUGAGCUCUUCUAUUUCCAUGUCAGCCCAGAGCAGUACAGGCACAGGUUUGCCUGUCUGACUUUUACUGUGAUGGAUUAUGAUUGGCUGUCCACCAACGAUUUUGCCGGGGAGGCCUUGGCCCCGCUCAGUGACUUCUGUUGGCCAGGGAGACCCAACGCCUCAGCGGCCGGAAAGACCAUCCAGCCGACCAUUCUGCACCUGGCCCGGAGCAAACCCAGCGAGAAGCCAAUCAUGAGGAUUCUGGACGCACGGACAGGAGACGGAGAGGCUCAGGAGUUUGUGAGGAAGCUAAAGGAGAUUGAGAAAUCCAUGGAAGAGGAGUGAAGCUGUCAGCACUGGUCUGGUGUAUUGGUGUAUUCUGACCAUGUCUUUGCCACAUGUGCUUUUGUACUUGUUGUACUACCGUAUGUUUACAAUGUUUACAGUUUUCAAAUCCUCUUGUACGUGCACUGAAAAUGUAAUGCUGAAAAAAACACAGUAAGGCUUGACUUUUUAAAUUGGAAUACGAAUGUUCUGUCUCUGCUGUAUUUUUAUGCCUCUGUUUACCAAAUCAAAUCAAAUGUUAUUUGUCACAUGCGCCAAAUACAACAGGUGUAGACUUUACCGUGAAAUGCAUACUUACGUACCCUUUCCCAAUGGAGUUAAAAAGUAUGAAAAAUCCAAGGGUCCUAUCUGAGAAAUGUGAGAAAUAGCUUACCCUAUAAUUAUUGUUUUGUUUUCUAAAGAGCUCUAUGAAUGUUAUCUUUGUUAUAUUAUCUUUGUUAUAGUAGAUCUCUAACUCUGAAUCAAAAACUAAUUUCAAAUUGAUAUGUAUUCAGUUGAAUCAUGUGGGUGGAUCAAUUGUUAAAAAAAUGAAUACUCACUACCGUUUCUGAGUUUAUGGCGAAGUAGCACAAGGAUGAAACAUUGCAAGGAAAAGCCAUCUGCAGCCAGGCUUUGUAAGUCAACACAAGGAGUAGUGUCACAUAUGGCUGCGUUUACACAGGCAGCCCAAUUCUGAUAUUUUAUUCCACUAAUUGGUCUUUUGACCAAUCACAUCAG